AAUUCAGUCGUUGUUUGUCAUUUCGAGAGAACGUUUCUCAUUUUGUUGCAACGAAAAACCGCAAAGUUUGCGCUUGCGAAACGGGUUUACUUAUUUCUUCAGCGCACACACACACACACGCACAUGCAUAUAAGCACAUGCACAUGUGACGUCAUGAACGCAUUCCCAUUGGCUACUCGAGGCUUUUUCGAAUGGCGUUUAGUUUGGCGCGCAACUGUGUAAAAUGCGAAGAAUCGAUAACACGCGGCUUUUCGCUCUGUGCGCGCUACUCGUAUCGAUAGCUCAGUUUGAUCGAUCGCUGGCCUUUGGUGCCUCGCGUCUGGAGGCGUUCAAGCAGCGGCUGCGCAGUCGACGUCACGCGAACACGCCCCACACUCUGAACACCGAUGAGUACCUCAGCUACGAUGGCAUGUUGGAUUACUUGGAGGAGCUGAGCGACGCCUACAGCCAGCGUGUGCUGUUGCAAGAUGUGGGCGUCACCUAUGAGAAUCGCACGCUGAAGACCAUAACGAUCACCAAUGGGGACGGACGCGCCGGCAAGAAGGCAAUCUUUGUGGCGGCCGGCGCACAUGCGCGCGAGUGGCUAACACCGGUGGCUGCCCUGUAUGCCGUGGAGCAGCUGGUGGUUAACUAUGAGCUGCACGCACACCUGCUGAAGGACUACGAUUGGACCAUAUUGCCGCUGGUUAAUCCGGAUGGUUAUACCUAUUCCCGCACCGUAGACAAAUGGUGGCGGAACACACGUUCGCCCAACGGUGGCAAUUGCUUCGGCACGAACAUCAAUCGCAACUAUGAUAUUGGCUGGCAGCAUGGCUAUGAGGAGCUAACCGAUCCCUGUCACGAUCACUAUGCCGGCAGCGAGCCCUUCUCGGAGCCAGAGACGCGAGCCGUGCGCGAUAUAAUGCUCGAUCUGGUUCGAUCCGGACGUGCUGUCAUGUUCAUAUCAUUGCACUCCCAUCACACAAGUGUGUUCUAUCCCUGGGUCUACAAGGACUCGCCGGCGGACAAUGCCCAGGAGCUACGUGCGGUGGCCCAGGUUGGCGCCGAGGCCAUGCGCAAGGCAACGGGCACUGUGUUCACCUACGAACAGGUUGGCCUAACUGACACAUUCGGUGGCACCAGCCUGGACUACGCCUAUUCCAUUGGCUUUCCGCUCUCCUAUGCGCUGGAAUUGUCCGGGGAACGACAUGGCGACACCUUCGAUUUCUGGCCACCCACGGCUCUGCUCAAGGAACUGGCCGAUGAGUCGUGGGUGGGCAUCAGUGCCAUGGCCGAGAAGGCCAUGGAAUUCUAUCCGCAGAACGGAUCAAAGUCUGCAGCUAGUCACAUUUCUUCUUCGUAUAGUCUAGCGAAUAUCAUGAAAAUUCUAUUGCUUUUAGCGGUUAUCUCUUUAUGCUCUCGCUAACAUGAGUGUUGGGCAAUGCUUUAGUGCGAGGCAGUGUUGGUUAAGUAACUUAUUUAAGUCAAAUAAAACUUACGUACUAUAUUCAA